AUGCGUCAGCCCGCCGUGCUCGUCGUGGCGGCCCUCGUCCUGCUCGUUUCGAUUGCGUCGACGGCGCCGUAUCAGACGUACCGUACGUACCGUAGUCCGAUGCGCGACGGCACUUUCGAUCACGCCUCCAUGUUCAGGUAGUGGCCGGAGCCGCGAACGUGCUCCAUUCGUACGGCUUUCAGGUUCACUGGCGACGGCGGAAGCUCGGCCACCGCCGGCGGCGGCAACAUCAAUCAACCGAGGUUCGGUUACGGUUUCAGGUAGUUUUAGUGUGCUCUCACCGCUCUCACCGCCCUUUUUUGCGACGUUUUUCAAUUUUUUGACCUAAAAUGCAGACUUGCCAAAUCCCGGGCCGGGCCAGCAAAUCGUCGGCCCGGCCCGGCCCGGUCGGCCCGGAAGUUAGACCUCAAAAAAAAUAUGCAAAAAAAAUAUGAAGGAAGAGGAAAACGCGUGCGGCAAAAUUGCUAAAAUGGCGUGCCAGAGUUGCAAUCAAUCGCUCCGCCCACUCUUGAGAAAAUUUUCGUAAUUUUUGUGAAAAUUUUGCGACUUUAAACAGCAAUUUCUAUUUUUUAAUUUUUAGGUGCAUCCUCCCGGGCCGACCGGGCCGGGCCGGGCUGGGCCGGGCCGGAAAAUUUCCAAUUUUGGCCCGGCCCGGCCCGGCCCGUUGCAAGUCUGCUAAAAUGCAUCAAACCGCCACUCAAAUUCGACAACGUUUCAGAGACUACCCGUACGCGCAGAUCCAAUACGGCGCCGCCUCGUCGCCGCUGUAUGUUUUUGACGGUCGUCUGUACAAUCUGGCGUCAGCGCGCUCUUAG